AAAACAACUUUUUAAAAUUAAAUUUUACAGCUGAAGCAGGAGACUGUAUUGAAAACGAAGGAACGAAAUAGACGGACACAGUAGUUUCGCUGCAGCAGAGAUUUUGAAUUCUUUUGAUAGCUCUUAAUAGAACAGACAAACAAGAUAAUAUAAUAUGAUUCAUUUUGUCCUUCUUAUAAGUCGACAAGGAAAAGUGAGAUUGACAAAAUGGUAUUCGCCUUAUUCACAGAAGGAAAGAACUAAGGUUGUUCGUGAGCUCAGUGGGGUAAUUCUGACUCGAGGGCCCAAGCUUUGUAAUUUUGUUGAAUGGAGGGGAUAUAAAGUUGUUUAUAAAAGGUAUGCCAGUCUAUAUUUCUGCAUGUGCAUUGAUCAGGACGACAAUGAGUUAGAGGUCCUCGAAAUAAUCCAUCAUUUUGUUGAGAUUCUGGACCGAUACUUUGGCAGUGUGUGUGAGCUAGACUUGAUCUUCAACUUCCAUAAGGCCUAUUAUGUACUGGAUGAGCUUUUGAUCGCUGGUGAGCUCCAAGAGUCAAGCAAGAAAACAGUUGCCAGGCUAAUAGCUGCACAGGAUUCAUUGGUGGAGACUGCAAAAGAGCAGGCCAGUUCCAUAAGUAAUAUUAUUGCACAGGCCACCAAGUAAGAUAUGAAAGAGCAAUUGUAUUUUGUGUUCAUUGACUUUGAGGUGCUGUGUUGCCAGUGUUGAUGUGCACUACAAUUUUUCUGUUUGAUAUGUGAAAUAUGUUAUGCAUGUAUUUUAUAUCAAAUGUGACUCCUACGCAUUAUAUUAGGGCUUUUGUCAACUGAUGAUGAUUAUGACUCAAAUGCACUGUGAAAAUGUGGAUGUGGUUGGCGGUGAUAUUUGUUAAAUACUGCAACAACUAAUUAAGUGGAAGCCAACAUUUUUGUUAA